UAUUAUAAAGCAGAUAAUCCAUUGGAUAUUAAACGAGAUGUCGAUUAUAAAUUGAUUCAUGAAAAUAUUGAUGAAAUUAUUGAAGAGAUUGAUGAUAUCCAAUUCAGGAAUGAUACUGUAGAUUUUUGGAAAGCGGAUAAAGCUUUAGCAAAUGUAUAA